UUUCCCUUUUCUGGAUGAACACGGAUCCGUUCCUCUUUUCCAAAAAAAUAAAAAAUAACCCGUCCCUCCUCCUGUCCUUUACCUUUCUCAUAGCAUUGACGUCUAAAUUGCAAAGGGAUUAAAGAUUAGGAUGUGGCUCAGCGGAGAGCCGUUGCAUUAUUAACUCCACACAACCACCAAGAGGAAUCGAGUUAUUCCUCAAUCGCGUAUACUCUCGGUUUAAGUGGCACAACGUGGGCGGCGCGUCGAGGAGCCGAUACAGCGGCUCCGCGCAUGCAGGACUCACACGCUGAGUACGAAGCGUGGGGACAUGGCGGUUUAACCUGCGGAAGGAGGAAAACGCGUGCGUUCAAAAAAAUGAGUUUUUUUGGUCCGGUGCCAGCCGUGAAGGACACGGCGGUGUCCGUGUAAUGGUGCGCGUCUCUCCAAGGUGGAUUCGGUUUCCAGUUAGGUAACACAAACUGCUUUUUCACGAGAAACCGAGCCGCACGGAAAAGGACAAGGACAGCUGAUCACCUGAAGAGACAUCUCUGCUCCCGGACUCCUCGUGAAAUCAUCUUAAUGGAUCAUUAAAUCAUCCGUGGAGACCUGACUAUUAUUUCUGGUUUCUCUCCCCCCGGCUGCACGCGCUUUUUCCCCCUCUCUGUUGACAGAAGUGACAUUUCAAACAUCUUGUUUUUUUUUUUUUUUUCUGGUGCACCAUCAGCAAAAUUGUGCGACUUUUUCUUUUUGUGCACAUUUAAAAGUCAAAAGUUGAGUGGAUAAAAAAAAAUGUGUUGUCAAGUCACAAGGAGACAUUUCAGGACACGCGUGAACAUUAGGCUAUGUGAAAAAUAAAGGUGUGGAAAUGCGUCGCAAAUACUUCUGUCUGCUUGAGGUGUGUGCCAUCCUCAGCCUCCUGCCCUCAGGCUCUUUAGCAGAUCUGACAUGUGAAGCUCUUCUCAUGCUUUCAGGAAAUGUCUCACUACAGUCGCUGGCCUCCUCCUGGAACCAAACCCUGAGCAACACCACCGGCCAGUGGAGCGGCUCUGGACUCUCCUGCGACACCUCCAUCGAUGGCAUCGGCACCUGCUGGCCUAGGAGCAGCGCGGGCCAAAUGGUGUCGCGACCCUGUCCCGAGAUGUUCUACGGUGUCAGAUACAACACCACCAAUAAUGUUUAUAGGAAAUGUCUUGCCAACGGGACGUGGGCGCUGAAGGGGAACUACUCCAUGUGUAAGGCCAUACUUCACGAGGAGAAAAAAGGCAAGAUGCACUACCAAAUAGCUGUGAUCAUAAACUUCCUGGGUCACUGCAUCUCCAUGGUGGCCCUGCUGGUAGCCUUCUUCCUCUUCUUGUGUUUGAGGAGCAUCCGCUGCCUGAGAAACAUCAUCCACUGGAACCUGAUCACCGCCUUUAUCCUGAGGAACGCCACCUGGUUUAUCGUCCAGAUGACCAUGAGUCCCGAGGUGCAUGAAAGCAACGGGGUUUGGUGCCGUCUCGUCACCGCCUCCUUCAACUAUUUCCACUCCACCAACUUCUUCUGGAUGUUUGGCGAGGGCUGCUACCUGCACACCGCCAUCGUCCUCACCUACUCCACCGACAAGCUGCGCAAGUGGAUGUUCAUCUGCAUCGGCUGGUGUAUUCCAUUCCCUAUAAUUGUGGCAUGGGCGAUUGGGAAGCUGUACUAUGACAAUGAGAAGUGCUGGUUUGGGAAGCGAGCUGGUGUUUACACGGACUACAUCUACCAAGGUCCCAUGAUUCUUGUCUUAGUGAUUAAUUUCAUUUUCCUCUUCAACAUCGUGAGGAUCCUGAUGACCAAACUGCGAGCCUCCACCACAUCCGAGACAAUCCAGUACAGGAAAGCUGUGAAGGCCACACUGGUACUUCUUCCUCUCCUGGGAAUCACCUACAUGCUGUUCUUCGUCAACCCGGGGGAAGAUGAGAUCUCUCAAAUCGUCUUCAUAUAUUUCAACUCUUUCUUGGAGUCCUUCCAGGGCUUCUUUGUGUCGGUGUUUUACUGCUUCCUAAACAGCGAGGUGCGGUCAGCUGUGAGGAAGCGGUUCCACCGCUGGCAGGAGCAGCACUCCAUCCGAGCCCGGAUGACCCAGGCCAUGUCCAUCCCCACGUCACCUUCACGGGUCAGCUUUCACAGCAUCAAGCAGUCCACGUCGCUAUGAGAGCGGAGGCCAGCGUCGUCCUGGAUACAAGCUUUGGGCUGUCGUCAUCGUUUUCUGCCACAUCACUGAAGUACACUGAAACACUUUGUGAGCUGGGGCAAAAAAGCUGCAGAGAGAGUUACGGAGAGAGAGACAGAGAGAGAGGGAGAGAGAGAGAGAGAGAGAGAGGCUGCAUCAGCCUCCUAAACCUCAGGAGGGACAUUAUAUACAGACUUGAAAAUGGAUAAGGACGGAGAUAAAGGACACUGCAGGCUUUAGGAAACGAGAGGUUAGUGGAUCAAAAGAUGCACGUGACCAAGCUGAGUUUGACAUUGAAUCUGGGUGUGAUGUACAGCACUCCAUGCUUUUUAAUGUUUGCCUGCCAUACAAAUUCUCUGUUGUAUUCCUGCUUGCACACUUUUAGUUUUAGUUUUUUUGCUAUCUUUAUGUCAGUGAGAACUCGGAGCUCGUGUCGCUGGACUGCACUGAACCGAACCGGAUUCCAACCCAGUGGACACUGGACUCAAACGCAGUGACUUUUAAUUUAUGGAAAUAAUUUUAUUUUUUUUCAGCUUUUUCAUUGUUAAAUUGUCUGGUUAUAGUGUUUGUUAAUUUGGUGUUGUGCUUCCUUCCUCUGUUCACAGCCAGCUCGGUACAGUUGUGGUACUUUUCAUCAACUUUCCAGAAAAGUUUAAACACAUUCCAUAACUUUCUACCUGAAGAGUUUUGAUCCAAAAUAUUAUGUGUACCAUGAAUAGAUGUCAAAGGCCAAGCACGUAAGUGGGUAUGCAGUGAAGUUUGAAGUCAGAUGAGUAGAUCGAUACCACUGUCAGCCGUUUGAGCCAGAGCCAGGAGGCAAUUAGCCUAGCUUAGCAUAAAUACUGGAAGCAUCCUCAAGGUCCAAAAAACAGUGGUGGAAUGUUUUUGUUUUAGUUAGGGCUGUCCCGAAUACCAUUUUUGUGUUACGAAGCUUCAGUGCUAAUCAACGGUGAAUAUUCAAAGCUUGGGUGGUGGCGGCCAUAGUGGGGACUGAUCAGGACUCAGAGCGCACGUUCAGCGAUACCGUGAUUCGCUGCAGGGUUGUGCAGCCGUGGUAGUGUUACUGAAAUGGCCCAUUUGUGUGACGUCCUGUUGUGCAGCGGUGGAAGAGGUAUUCAGAUCCUUUACUUAAGUAAAAGUACUAAUACUACACUUUAAAAAUACUCUGUUACAAGUAAAAGUCCUGCAUGAAAAUGUUACUUUGUUAGUUUGUAAGUAUCAUCAGGAAAAUGUACUU